AUGCCGAAGAUAUUUCUGAUAAAGAACCGGCUGCACCAGCAGCAGCUGAGGUUAUUGGAGGCCCAGCACCUCAGCAAGUCACCCCCCAGUGGAAAGGAUAGCCCUCUUACAACUGAACCACUAAGUCUAAUUGUCAACAAGCACCAGUAUCGCGAUAAAACCGAGGACGACCGAGCCACAACACCAGAAUCAGUUCGUAGUGUAAGUCCGCCUGGAUCCCCCCCGCCACAAUGGCAACCUUCAUCGGGCUCCAUAAAUUCCGGUCCCCGGCGCUUUAUCUCCAGCAUCCUGGGCGGUGAUGUUCCGUACGGCAGCCGCAGCCACGUAUUAACCCGUGCGGAGCGCAAGGAGUACGGUAGUCCGGCGAUCCUGCCGGAAAAACUGCCCCGAACACCGGAAAAAAUAGACCUGCCGCGGCCGGUAACACCACCCAAGACCCCGAGAGUGGAACCACCCACCAGAGUGUCAGUGAUCCAGCGAGUCCCCACCAGAAAGGAGACCAUUGAAAUUCCAAGAAGUGAGCCUGAACAGGAGCAGCCGAUUGACUAUGCGGUUCCUAAGAAGAAAGAGGAGGACCAGGAGGAUGAUAAGGAGGGUGCUAAAGCCUCCAGAAUAGGAAAUUCCAUUGCCAGGCCGUUGUUGGCUAUGCGGCUGUCCGCUCCACAGACGGUGAACUGUGCGGCGGGUCAUGGCCGUGCUAGUUCAGGGUCUGGAUCUUCAGGAAGUUCAGGAGGCAGUUCAGGAGGCAGCUACUCUGGUGGUUCCGGCGGUGGAGAUCUUGGAGGCGCGCCAAUUGGCGGUGGAGGAGUCGGCGGUGGAAGCGCUGGUGGUGGUGCUGGCGACGGCGGCAUGAAUCCUGGAGGAAACGGCCGGGGUAAUUACGGACCGAGUUCGCCUCCAUCUGGCUCGUUGCCGCCGUUUUAUGAAUCUUUAAAAGGCGGGAAUAAUUUAGCUAAUUUCGUGAACCAAUAUGGCCAAAAUGGGUUUCUGACGCCGACAAAUGUUGGAAUGGAGUGCGACACAGGUCAACCUGAGAUCCAGCAGCAGUACAACGCUCAGGAGGGCAAGCAGUACUCGUUGCUACAAAAUGUCUGUGCGUCUUACGGACUGGUCCUUAAAGAAGAGACUGACGAGGAUGAUCUAGCGGAUUACAAAAUCCAGCCGGAUUUACUGGGUGGCCAGUACGGCUACGAUGUGACGGAUUCUGGGAUGAUGGUGGACAUGGUAACUGGAGCGGUGGUGGACCCACUCCAAUUCACGGCGACCUUGACAUUUAGCUCUCCAUCUGACCACACCGCGCUACUGGAGAGCCUAACCGACGCUGCGGAAUUGUUCCUCCCUCGAUUACCAGCCGAUGAAGGUGGAACUGACUUGCUGGAAGACUCUUUGCACUCACCAGGGUCAGCUGAGGGACCUAUGACCACUCCAGUGGAACCAUCAGUCGAUCCGUUCCCAGAACACAGUUUGGCUUUACGAGGAUUCGAUAGGCAGUACAACCAAUUCUCCCUAUCGAAGCUUCCAAGUCUUCCUUACCCUGAAGAGAGCAGCUACCAGCCUCUUGCCAAAGAACGCCCCGAGCUGGCUUUGCACAUCAACCAAGGUCAGACUGAGCCCCAGUUACAGCAGCUGCAGAUCCAGGUCCAGAAUCCUGCGCCGCAUCAAGGAUUGCUCAGCCCAGGACUGACUUUUUCUGGUGGCCUGGACCUUGACAGCAGCACCGGUGGCAGUCUUCCAAGUCCGGGAGGUGUUAGCUCCGUUGACAACUCCACCAGCACAUCUCCAGCUUGCGGGUUGAUGGAGCACGCGCCCAGUCCGUCGGGAGUCAGCGCCACUGUGAGUUCGAGUGGCGAAUCCCGGCCUGGUGCUCUGCAACAGAGGCUUGGUUUGCCGGGUGACUGUCAGCUUGAGUUUGUCAAUGGAGGUCAUGGGAUCAAGAACCCACUGGCUAUUGAAGGACAGAGGCAGACCACGCGUGAUGAGGAGCGAACCACCAGGCCACCUUCUGGCAAGGAUGAUGAUCCUAAUAGGUUCUCCUGUAGGAUCUGCAGCAAGACCUUCAGCCUCCAGCGGCUUCUAAAUCGGCACAUGAAGUGCCACAGUGAUGUUAAGCGGUACCUUUGCACAUUCUGCGGCAAAGGAUUCAACGACACCUUUGACCUGAAGCGCCACACGCGCACCCAUACUGGUGUCAGGCCUUACAAGUGCAAUCUAUGCGAAAAGAGCUUCACCCAGCGGUGCUCCUUGGAGAGUCAUUGUUUGAAAGUUCAUGGGGUUCAACAUCAGUACGCUUACAAGGAGAGAAGGACAAAGGUCUAUGUAUGUGAAGAAUGCGGCCACACCACCCAGGAACCGGAAGUCCACUAUCUUCAUCUCAAGGACAAACAUCCGUACAGUCCAGCCCUGCUGAAGUUCUACGACAAAAGACACUUUAAGUUUACCAACAGUAAUUUUGCAAAUAUGCUACUGCAGGUGCGCACCUAG